AUGUUGGCGACGGCGGUGAGACUGUCGCGGUCCGCGUGGAAGGGUCCCAACGUGGUUCCUCUGCCCGUGCGGGACGCGCUGGCGAAGGGGACACCGAUCCGCACGAACGCCAGGUCGGCAACGGUGUUGCCGCAGUUUGUUGGGUUGAAGUUCCAGAUCCACAACGGCAAAGAGUACGUCCCAGUGGAGAUCACGGAGGAUAUGGUCGGACACAAGCUGGGGGAGUUUGCACACACGCGCAAACGGCUCAGUUAUGAAUUGAAGAAGAAGUAG